ACUUUCUAACUGUGUUCCUCCCACUGCUGUUACAGAAGAUGAAUCACAUGUCUCCUAGGCUGAGAGCCUUUCUCUCUGAACCCAUCGGAGAAAAGGAUGUUGCCUGGGUGGACGGGAUCAGCCAUGAGCUUGCAAUCAAUUUGGUCACCAAAGGUUUCAACAAGGCCUACAUCCUGUUGGGACAGUUCCUUCUGAUGCACAAGAAUGAAGCCGAGUUUCAGAAGUGGCUCAUUUGCUGUUGCGGCGCUACCGAGUAUGAGGCCCAGGAGAGUUCUAACUGUCUGAAGGAGUGGUGUUCCUGCUUCCUGUGAACACACGUCCCCUUGCUCUGAUGCCUGGGUAAACAACAUGUUCUGAUCUGAUA